GACAUGGUGGUGAGGUACUGCUGCACAGCGCUUCGGAGCUGCCUGCAUUCGCUGGCCGCGCCAAUCGGGAAAGUCCGUGACAGCCAUCGCUGUUAUACGAGCAGACCUCGUACCGAGCCGUGCCUUGGACACGGAGACAGCAUCCAGGGGAGUCAGCGGCAGGGAGACACAAGCCAGGCCAUGGAAAACGACCAGCGUGCACCAGAGGACGAGCCGGGAGCGAGACUGCUUAAUGCAAUGGAAGAAAGUGACAACAAUGAGUGCUCAACAUCUGGCAACCAGUACCCAAAAGAGACUGUGCGUAAGCGUCAGAACUCUACACGCAGCUCCAGGAGUAGUGAUUCAUCCCGAUCAUCAAGGAAAAGCUUUAAGUUGGAUGCUCGAUUAGAAGAAGAUGUUACCAAAUCAGUAAGAGGAACGAACGGCAGAUUCAUAAACCCGUGGCAGACUUGGAAAUCGCCUACAUUGCGGCAUGUGCUGAAAUGGUCCAUAACAGAAAAGGACAACAGCAGUGUUCCCACCACAAAGGAGCUGCUUGAUAAGGAGCUUCCAAUAAUUGAACCGUAUUUCAUUAAGCAACCUGAACUUGCUGGAACGAUGAAGAAUGGAUUACGAGUCACAUGGUUAGGUCACGCAUCAGUCAUGGUGGAAAUGGAUGACUUGAUAUUUCUAACAGAUCCCAUAUUUAGUCAACGAGCAUCGCCCAUUAGCUUUGCAGGUCCAAAGCGUUUUCGAGGGCCUCCUUGCACAAUAGAGAAGCUUCCAAAGAUUGAUGCUGUUGUAAUCAGCCACAACCAUUAUGACCACUUGGAUUACAACACCGUAUUAAAACUUAAUGAGCGCUUUGGCACUGAACUCAGGUGGUUUGUCCCGCUGGGUCUCCUGAACUGGAUGCAGAGCUGUGGAUGUGAAAAUGUAAUUGAGUUGGACUGGUGGGAACAGAACUGCGUCCCUGGACAUGACGAGGUGACUUUUGUUUUUACACCCUGUCAGCACUGGUGCAAAAGGACACCUUUUGAUGACAACAAAGUACUGUGGGGUAGUUGGUCGGUCCUGGGACCUUCAAAUCGCUUCUUUUUUGCAGGAGACACAGGUUAUUGUGCUGCUUUUGAAGAGAUUGGUAAGAGAUACGGGCCUUUUGAUGUUGCUGCUAUUCCAAUUGGAGCUUAUGAGCCAAGGUGGUUCAUGAAGAGCCAGCAUAUUGAUCCAGAAGAAGCCGUCAGAGUUCAUGCUGAUGUUCGUGCAAAGAAAUCGGUUGCAAUACACUGGGGAACUUUUGCGUUAGCUAAUGAGCACUACCUGGAUCCACCAAUCAAACUGAAUGAAGCGCUCCAGAGCUAUGGACUGAACUCAGAGGACUUUGUCGUUCUAAAUCAUGGCGAAUCAAGACUUUUUAAUGUCGAUGAUACAGAAUAUGCAUCUGAAGAAGAAUAAGUCUGAGCUUCAGCGUAGUAAAACGUGGUACGAUCAGGUUUGAGAGGUGUGCUGGCUCAACUUUUAGUUGUGGGGGGGGGGAAAUCUAUAUACUGGUCUAACGUUUUAACACUUGGUUGCGUUUUUUACUUGUGAUAUUAAAAGCAGAAAAGUCUUCCAAAAUAUGUGUGGAAUGAAGCACAUAGCUAGUUGCACACUUUGCUUGUGAAAAUGAUGAUGAAAUUGUGCUUUUAGUUGAUCAUGUGCCUUUUUUUGUUUUUAAAGUGUCAGGAAUCUAAUUUAGCAUACCAUCUGCUCAUGUAAUAUUUCCCUUUUAUGUCUCAUGAGUUUACACACGGUAUAGAAAAACAAAAUGGUUUUAGAGGCUGGGGUCUAUUUCAUGUUGCUUUUAAUGUCUUAGCUGCUAUUAAACUCCCACAGCUAUGUACAGUGCUAAAAAAGAAAAAUAGA